GUAACCAAUCAUAACUCGGCUUAGUGAAACAUCAUCUCUGUGACGUCAUUCCUUGGAUGGGAACGUUCGCGCAUGCGUACUAUUCGACUUAGCAACAGGCCAAAAUACAAGUUUGUCGUGAGACUCGAAGAAUUCCAGCAAAAUGUCUGAAGUUGAGGAGAUGUUGAAGCGGAUCCAGGGCCACAAGGGCGUCAUUGGGAUCAUCGUCGUCAACUCUGAAGGUAUCCCCAUCAGGACGACACUGGAUAACUCCACCACUGUGCAGUACGCAGGUCUGAUACACAACCUGUCCAACAAGGCACGCAGCGUGGUACGGGACAUCGACCCACAGAACGACCUGACAUUCCUCCGCAUCCGCUCCAAGAAACACGAGAUCAUGGUCGCACCAGACAAGGAGUAUAUACUGAUUUGUAUCCAGAACCCCAGCGACAAUUAGACACCUCCACUGUUCACAGCCCAACUUUAUAUAGCAAGUGCACUACUGCUCUAGUGGGAAGACCAUCAGCUACAACAAUGAUUUCUAGAUCAAAUUGUUUAUCUGAAAUGGUUGCAAAUUAGUGUAAAUAUUGGUUGAGUUGGAGAGUUAUGUUUAGACCCAGACGCUGUUUUUUGGUGGUAGUGACACGGCAUACUUUAUAUAGGUUAAGUGUUUAUUUUAGGUCUUGUAUUGUUAGGUAUUUGAAUGGGAUAUCCCUUCUGAAAGUUCUCUUUGUACAGCAUUCCCAAAUUGUCGUGCACCAUUGCUGGCACUCCUUUGAUUAUUUUUCUAAGCUCCACAAUGAGCUUACUUUUGACAAUUGGAAUAGAACAUGCUAGUAGUUGUAAGGUCGGCAUGCAUGCAAAAUACCAUGAAUGACAUCAACAUGGAUUGAGACGAGAUCUAUGAAGCACUGUACCAAGGUUAGAAUCCUGUACAAGAUGCCAUAUUAAAACCAAUUAUAUAUAACUGCACACAUAGAAGAACUUGGGAGCAUUUGAUGUAACAGACUUAGCAUGUGCCACAUGACUGAACAACUGGUUUAUCACAGCUAAGGGGCAUUAUACCAAUUGUUAAUAAAAAUCUCUCUUU